AUGCACCGCUACGCUUCUAAAACCCUUAAACGAAAGCGAGGCUUUUAUUUCAAAAAGAGCUACCACCGUCAGUGCUCUUCUUUGUUGGAUGUCUCACAUUCAGGUUGCAACCAGUUACCUACACCGAAAUCACCAGAAAGUGAAGAUUCGACAGAUUUUCUGUUAUUUAAUGACUUUGCAGCUUAUACGUCGUUUGUGGUGGAGUCGCCUAACUAUGACGUUCUUCCAGACGACGAAUGUCGACUCUUGCAUACUUCAUCUACUAUAUCCACAGUGAACGAAGGUACUCCUGUUCUUCUCAAUAAGGAAAGGGAAUUGGAGCCGUUUCCAGUUUUGAUGGAGAAGCCGUUGGUGACUUUCCAGCCAAAGCUAAGAAUUACUACGGCAGAUCGGUGGCACUUGAGAGAACUUGAACGGUUAUACUAUUCAAAGAACGUAUGGAAGUACCAUCGACUUCGCUCAGUGGGAUUCGACUGGAAAAGACUAAGGGCUAGAAUUAGAGACUACGUGAAGAGUACGAGGCAAACUCAGGAAGUUGUGUUCCCUACAAAACGUAUUAAAGCGGUUCAUGUUGACUGUUUCUGGCUGUUAGAGAACUCAUCCGAGGAUGAAAGUAUAACCGGUACGCCUAUUAUCAUGCCAAAGGUAAGAACAAAGUCGAAGAAGCAGGAGAGCAGGAAUAGUGGGAAGGAACUGAAUGUUUCGUUAGAACGGUAUGACAUUCUUGACUUGAUCCAGGAUAUGCCUUCCUUAAGCACCAAACCGCUCCUUAACGUCAAAGCAAACGUACUUCUGCCACUGACUUACCAGACACUGGCUUCCUGGAACUUGGUAAGACCCAAUUCAAACACAUGGAGUGAGUCUUCCUACAUUCUGGAUAAGUCUUUUCCUGAUGCUGUUUCAGGACUUGUUUUGGAAGACAGGUAUGGGAAGUUGAUUCGGGACAUCUUAGAGGGCAAGAGUAAGGAGGUAAAACUGGAGUCUGAAGAUAAACUAAUUUCAAAGAAAGCUUACCUUGAUCUUGGGAACGCCAUUGAAUUAGGACGCAAGGCGAGUAAGGUGGUAAAGGACAUGCAAGAUUCCUUCCAAAAACAAAUCCCAUUUGGCAUUUCUUCAGCAAUUUAUGAUCAACACUUGGGAGUAGAAGUAUCCAGCUUGAAGCACUACUGGUCAUGGAUCCUUCCAGGAAGUGAAUCAUCUGCCAAUCUCAAAACCAAUGUACGUCUUGGCACCCUGGGCCAUAUCCAAGUCCACAUUUCCAUGGAAGGGCAAGCAGGCACAAAAACAGAAGAAGACCCUCAGAAAUCACGUCAAUCCAGUUUAUCUACUCUGAACGAGGCCUUUCCUCAUCCCAAGAGGCUGACUUGGGCAGAUAAGCUUUGUUCUGUGGCAGAUGAGCUUUUGCAGACAGCACAGGAGAUCUUGGAAGAUAAAGGGGAGGACCAUGACGAAGAAGAGGAAGAAAAUGAUUCUACCAGUGAUUUAAUAGAGCUUUGA